AUGUUCAGUGGGUUCCAGAUCGACGAAGAAAAAGGUUAUCGGACAUUUGGUGAUUUUGUGAAGUACGUUAGUGACCUGCCUGACCUCAAAAGGCGCAAUUCUAGCUCAGAUUCAAUUAGAUCCGAUGAUGUAGAUUGGAUGUAUAUUGCAGAUGAUGAUUCGAGUGGGUUUAUCAUCUUUUAUCUGGCAGAUUUAAUAUUGGGAAUCCUUGUCUUUCAAUAA